AUGCCGUCCACUAGCAACACCCAGCGACCCGCGGCACCCGCCCCGGGCGCAGCAGCACCAUCCGCAACACCAGCGCCCGCCAAAUCAACGGAUCCCCUAUUCAACCCGAACCUCCCAACCAACCUCGAGCUCCUCCAAAACAACACCUCCAUCCUCCCCGCCCCGUCCGCCGCGAAGCUGAGCAACCGUCACAAGCCCAACCCCCAGACCCUCCCCACCAUCCCCCCCCCAGCCCCGCCACGCGACGGAACCAGAUCAUACCCGGCCCCCAACCGGGCCAUCGUCCAGGUCGUCAUCCCCACCGCCAACAAGGGCAAGGUCGAUCUGCUCGUCGGCCACCUGCGGCGGACCAAGCCCGCCGGCGUCACCAUAGCCGGCCACACCGAGGUCCCCGCCGACUCGGGCGUCGGCGAGCAGCCGUACGACGGCGCCGGCCCGCGCGGCGCCUUCCGCCGCGUCGUCGCCGCCGUGCGCAAGCUGGGGGGGGACGGCGAGUACCGUGCGCGCCUGGCUGCGCGCGGGGUGGGUACCCUGCUGGUGGCGUCGGUGGAGAACUUCCUCGCGAGGGAGGAGGAGAUUGUCGGGGCGGCGGCGGGGACGGGCAGGGUCGGGGGGGCGGUGCCAGUGGACUAUGGGGUGGUGGUGUUUUGUCGGGUUGACUUGGUGGGGGGGGAGACGGCGCCGCCGCCGCCGUGGGUGUGGCGGGUGGGUGUGUCGCGGGGUGUGACGGCGCCGGCGGAGUAUUGGAGGGCGGCCGAGGCGUUUGGGUUCGAGGACCAGGCGAGGGAGCACGGCAGGGUCACGGUGGGGGAGCUGCUGGCCGCGAAUAUCCCCGGCUUGGAUAAGGCGGAUUGGCAUAAGGUGUUGGCGGGCGUGUCGAGGUAUGAGUUGUUGGGGGAGGCCAUGAGGGCGAUGGAGGCAGAGCUGCCGUGGCCGGCGGCUGAGGGUGCUGCUCGGGCAGGGGGUGCGCCGGUUUUAAGCCGCAAGCUGUCUAUAAGUGUCCUGCCGCUGGUGCUGGGGUCGCAUCUUAUGGCGACGGCGUAUGCUGUGGCGGAGAGGGCGACGGACCUUAAUGUAAGGGAGUGGAGGGAUUAG